AUGGUCACUGUAGGCACCCAAGUCAGCAGCACUAAAGUGCAAGUGGCUUACUGCCGUGGAGCAUCCUGGAGCACUGCUGCUGAGGACACCCCCGCUGUCCUCUUCUUGAAGCCCCAGAUACCACCUCCUGCUAGCUUCCAGGACUGCAGGCACAGCAAUGCCAGUUCUGCAGAGUGGGUCCCUGUUGUCACCAGAAGUUCAGAUCAGACCUCUGCCGUGUACUGGGGGCACCUCUGUGCACCAAAGCAGAGCAUGGCCUCUGAGCAGAAGAGUGAACCAGGAUCAGAGCCUGUGGCCAUCCAUGUUGUGGUCAUGUCCCACAGCCCAUCAGGCUCUAGGGCUCCCCUGCUGGCCUGCUACGCGUCGGGCGGUUGUCCGGCGGGAAGGGGGCGGCCGCUUGGGCAGGAUGGCGGCGGCGGCAGCCGCGGGCCGCCGCGCUUCUACCCGCGCUACGUGCUGCCGCUCGCCUUCGGCAAGUACUUCGCGUCGGUGUCGGCGCACGUUAGCAUCUGGAAGGUGCCGGUGUCCUACGCGCACACCGUCAAGGCCACCAUGCCCAUCUGGGUGGUCCUCCUGUCUCGGAUCAUCAUGAAGGAAAAACAGAGCACCAAGGUGUACCUGUCACUGGUCCCUAUCAUCAGUGGAGUCCUGCUGGCCACUGUUACAGAGCUGUCUUUCGACGUGUGGGGGCUGGUCAGUGCCCUGGCAGCCACACUCUGCUUCUCCCUUCAGAGCAUCUUCUCCAAAAAGGUGUUGAGGGACUCCAGGAUCCACCACCUGCGACUGCUCAACAUCCUGGGCUGCCACGCCGUGUUCUUCAUGAUCCCCACGUGGGUUCUCGUGGACCUCUCCACCUUCCUGGUCAGCAGCCACCUGGCCUAUAUGUCUCAGUGGCCCUGGACACUGCUGCUCUUGGCAGUCAGUGGAUUCUGCAACUUUGCACAGAAUGUCAUCGCCUUUAGUAUCCUCAACCUCAUCAGCCCACUCAGCUACUCAGUGGCCAACGCCACCAAGAGGAUCAUGGUCAUCACUGUGUCCCUCAUCAUGCUACGCAAUCCAGUGACCAGCACCAAUGUGCUAGGCAUGAUGACUGCCAUCCUGGGGGUCUUUCUGUACAACAAGACCAAGUAUGACGCGAACCAGCAGGCUCGGCGCCACCUCCUCCCUGUCUCUACGUCAGACCUGAGCAGCAAAGAGCAUCUGCGGAGCCCAAUAGAGAAGCCCCACAAUGGUGCACUGUUUCCUCAGCAGGGUGACUUCCAGUAUCGCAACAUUCUCCUCACAGACCAUUUUUCGUACGGCCGCCAGAGCCACCCGAACUCCUAUGCCCUCAGCCGCCAUGACGUGUAGGUGUCAUCAGGCCAAGCUUCCUGCACCACCUCUGUAAGCCCAGCAGCCUGGUUAAAAAUUAUUUUAUUUUAAGAUUU